GGAGAGCAGCAAUUUGACGACUAAUGAGAUUUGCACGGGAGCUGAAUACCACUGCUGCUGCUGCUGUUAUUACUGCUGCUGCUGCUGCUGCUGCUGUUGAUGCUGCUGCUGUUACUGCUGGAUCCCAGUAUGAUCCUCACAUACCAGCAACAGGCAGGGAAAUGGAGGAGAGAUGCAAACAUUACACUGAUGACCCAGCGUCACCAUGCCGUCACUCCCCGAGACUUCAACCAAACCUUUCCUCAUCUGUUUGGCCAACUUCCUCUUAAUCCUCCUCUUCCUCAGUUCCUCUGGCGUUCACGGUUCUUCUCUCAGAGAGCACAGACUGCGAGGAAGUGAACCAGACUCCCAGAGAGGAGACGUCCUCCAGGCUCCUAAUGUCGACAUGCUCAAAGCUUUGGAGUACAUCGAGAGCCUGCGUCAAAGAACUGGAACAGACUCCCAGCAGCAGCACGCCGCUCCCGCUACAGGGUACGAUGCCAGCCACAUGGAUGACGCUGAGAAGCUGCGUGCCAUGCUGAGACUGGCUUCCAACCCUAAAGAUGAGGAAGAGGAAGAGGAGGAGGAGGACGUUGGAAGGGAGGAUAAGAGUGAAGAGCUGCUCCAGGCUGUGCUCAGCACCCUCCAGCAGACAGAAAAGGCCUCCAAGCCGGCUUCGCUUCGCCCCAGCGUCGAAGGUGCAGACACAGAGGACGCCGCGUAUCCCAGGGUGCAGCAGAAGCAACACAGCAUCAAGCCUCACAAGAAGCUGCCGCUAAUGUUCGAGGACGAGGAAGAGGGUGAGGGGGAUGAGGAAGAGGAUGCAGAUCCGGAGCGCGAGAGCCCCUUCAAACGCACCAACGAGAACGUGGAGGAGAAGUACACGCCUCAGAACCUGGCGACGCUGCAGUCUGUGUUCGACGAACUGGACAAGCUGACGAGUGUGAAGACCAUGCACAAACGCCAAGAUGAGGAGGAUGACAUGGAGGAGGAUGGUGAUGAGGAAGAUGAUGAUAUGUUCAAUGUGAAAAAUGGGGCGUAUGAUCUCGCAGACUGGGGUCCUCCACAAGAACAGGAGGAGGAAGAGGAAGAGGAGGAUGAGGACAACAAACACGAGGCCAACCGAGGGCUUGAUUAUGUUGACGACAAUGACGAAGAAGAAGCUGAUGAUGAAGAUGAUGAAAGCUACCCAGUCAAGAGGUCAAAAGAUCCAGAUGAUGUUGCCAAUCUGGUAGACUACUACCUCCUGAAAGUGCUGGAGAAAACAGAGGAAGAGGAGCAGAAACGAGAGAUAGAGGAGGAGGAGGAGGAGGAGGAGAAACAGAGGGCAGAGAGGAGAGUGGCUCAGACACAGUACAGAGAUAACAUAGACCCACGGACCAUCUACCAGCUCAUUCAGAUCUCACAAAAAUACCAGAUCCCACCCGAAGACCUGCUGGACAUGCUCAAAACUGGAGAAACCACAACGUCGCGAAAGAGCAACGACAAAAAGCUCUCUCAGAUAUCCCCAAAGAAGACACACAAGAUCCCCGAAGCUAAAUUCUACAACAGACGCUUUCCUGACAGACAAAAGACCCAAGAAGAACGGAGGACAGAAGAGAUACUAAACAUCCUGGGCUUAGGGGGCGUAGAGGAUCGAGCUCCUGUCAGGAAGCAGUACAAAAGCUCGCUGUCACGACUUCGCACUCAGCCUCCGGGGCGUUCGGGGGAAUCCGCUCCCACGCAGCGGCGCCUCCCCAGCACAUCAAAGGACGACUAUGACGACACCGUGGAUGAGGAUGAGCUGGCGGCAUAUUUAGCGGCUCAGAUGCUGGCACGGUAUCCAAAGUAUCCCGUGUACAGAAACAACAAGGCGAGCCAAAAGCGGGAGCAGAGCGUGACGGGCUCUUUUGAACAGGCGAUACAGGCUUAUUUAGAUCAAAUGGACUCAGAUAAAAGCCCGAAUGAAAAGAGACAGUCUGAGGAUGACGAGAGGGGCGCUGAAACGCAAAUGCAAGGCUUUGAUAACGAGGCGGUGAUGAAAUUGCUGAGCUACCUGAACCCAGAAACUGAAGAUACCGACGCCAAAACUGCCCAAGGAAUUUAAAGAAGGCUAUGUAGAUAUAAAUAUAUAUAUUGAUUUGGUGGAAGGAGAGGGAGAAAUAAAGUAUUUUGAAGAAUAAAA